CUUAUUCCGUAUACAGGAGCGGGUACUACAGCAUCUUGGCUAGGAAUGGCCGACCUCGGUAUCGCUCAGCUUCACGAUAUGAAAACGAAUGCGGGGAUGAUUGCUAACAUCGAACCUAAUAGACCGCCGCUCAUUGCUAAAAUGCAUACAGGGCAUGAAGGACCAUUCAUGGUGGCGAAGUCGGUGCAACAGUAUAUCCUAGCUGGAUUCCACAUUGAAGAUCAAGUGCACACAACAUAA